AUGGCUCCAUGCCCCACGUCUUCUGCCGCCGUGGCCUUACCUGGGGGCCCCACAGGCAGUACUGCCGGAGGAUCCCGCGAGGGCAACCGCUCGCCUUCCGCAGCUUCGCAUCGCGGCUACUCCCAGCAGCAUCAGCAGCGUGUGGCUGUCAAUGCAGAGGGCCGGUUCCUGGCUCACUGGGACGAGUUUGUGGACCACAGGCGUGAGGUGCAAGCAAAGCUCGAGGAGGCCUUUGAGAUGGCCAGCGAGCGCCGAGAGGCUGGGCUCCGAGUCGCCCGGCUCUGCCAGAGCUUGGAGACGAAGGUGGAGCGGCUCUCAAGGCAGGCGAAAGAGCAGGCCUCCAAAGGUGAGGUCUUGGAGGACAGGCUGAGCUCUCAGGCGAAGGGCAUGGAAGCCUGCAGAGAGGCAGUGGAAGGCUUGAGAGAUAAGUUCCAGCGCAAUGUGCAGGACAUCGGGGGCUCCCUUGUCUCAGCACGCGCGGAGCUCACGGAGGAUUCGGAGCGAAGGCACCAGAGCCUGCAGGAGGCCAUGCGCAGGGGCGACCGCUGCCUGGCCGAAGAGUUCUUCCGGAAGUUACAGGAGUCCAGCGAGAAGCUUUCCGGCAAUCUGCAAGUCCUGGAGGAUGCCUUGGCCACCUUCGUGCGGCAGACCCGCGUGCAGAUCGCCGACUUGAGCGAGCAGCUGGAGGCCCGCGGCAAGGACCACGUGGCGCUGCGAGGGCAGGCAGCGGAGCUCUGCAAGUUCGAGGCGCACAUCGCUGCUUUGCAGGAGGAAGCUGCCGCGCUGGCUGCGCGUGCGGACGCCUCGGAGACCUCGAGUGGCGAGCAGGCGCGGCUGCUGACAACUCUCGAAACGAAGCUGACAAAGCUGCAGGACGCUUGUGCCCGCUUUGAUGGCCGAACUUCUGCAGCCGAGGAGGCGCUCGAGAGCCGCUCGCAGCAGGUCGCCGACCAGUUCCGCGAGGCUUCAGAGCAGACCGCCUCGGCCAUCGUCCGCGCGAGGGCGGACCUAGCCGACUCCAUCAACUCUGCUGUGGCUUCGGUCCGGGAAGAUAGCAAAGAGGGCCUGCGAAACCUCGAGAGUGGAAUCUCUGCAGACUUGCAGGUUCUGCGCGAUGAGCUGCGCUCAGGCGUGGCCCUGGGCCAAGACCGGCUCCAGGACGUUGCCGUGGAGCUUCGUCGCGAUGUGGCCGAAGCCUCGGAGGCCUCGCGCUUGAACGGCCGCGAGCUGCUGGCGCUCAUCGAGGAGCUUCAGGGUCAGUUCCUGGAGUCCCGCAGUGAAGCACGCAGGGGCCUGGAGGACGUGGCCUCGUCCACGCGCUCUGAAGCACAGGCCGGCAUGGAUGACUUGAAGACGCAAUUGAGCGUGCUGCGAUCUGACUUCAUGGAGGUCCGCAUGCAAGUUAAAGCUUUGACGGACGCCAUGCCGGGCGUGGACGAAAGCUGUCUCAACUUGCGUCGUGGACUCAACGACUCAGCAACCGCCGCCGGCAAAGCGCAAAGCACGGCGGAUGAUGCAGCCGCCGAAACAGCACGUCUGCAGUCCUUCGUGGAGGCUGGCAGCUUGGUCGUCAGCAGCACGACGUACAUCAUGGACUUGUUGAAUCCAGUGCUCGAAGAGAUGGUGGCAGAGUGCAUCCACAAGAUGCCCAAGGAUCCCGUGCCUUUCAUGUUGGACUGGCUGGAGAGCAAGCGGGCCUCGGAGGAGGACAAGAAGCUGAGUCCGGAAGAGAAGGAGAAGCUGGUCAAGGAGAAUGAGGAGCUGACCGGAAAGGUCAGCAAGCUGAAGGGCCAGGUACAGGAGGCGGCCAAGAUGGCGACAGAGAGCGCCCCAGCGGCAGAUGAGGAGGAGGAAGAAGAGGAGGACGAGGAUGAUGAGCCACCUCCAGGCUGGGAGAAGGACAUGGACAACCGCGCUCGAACGAGCGUCUCUGCGGAAGCUUACGGCGAGUGGAACGCGAAGAAGGCCUUCGUGCCGCCCGUGCACAUCAAGUCCGACGAACAGAAGGAACGUCUUAAGGGCUGCUUGGUGAAGUCGUUCCUCUUUUCCAACCUGGACACGAAUGAUCUCAACAUCGUCAUUGGCGCCAUGACAGAAGUGCAGGAGAAGACCGGUACUCGCGUCAUCAACCAAGGCGACAACGGCGACUUCUUGUUCGUCAUCGAGUCGGGCGUCCUUGAUUGUUCGAUCAAGAAGGGUGAGGACGGCGAGGAGACUGUGGUGAAGAAGUGCGAGCCGGGUGACGUGUUUGGUGAGCUUGCUCUGCUGUACAACUGUCCCCGUGCGGCUUCCGUAGACGCAAAGGAAGACUGCGUGCUUUGGAAGCUGGACCGUGACACCUUCAACCACAUCGUGAAGGAGGCCGCCGAGAAGAAGCGUCAGCGGUAUGAUGCCUUCCUCAGCAAGGUGCCGCUACUCUCGUCCAUGGAUGCCUACGAACGCUCCCAGCUUGCUGAUGCUCUCAAGGUGGAAACCUUCGAGCAGGGUCAGAAGGUCAUCACCGAGGGUGAGGAAGGAAACAAGUUCUACAUCAUCGAGGACGGCCUGUGCGUGGCCACCAAGGGCGAAGUGGAAGUCAUGAGCUAUGCGGCUGGUGACUACUUCGGCGAGUUGGCACUGAUCAACAACAAGCCACGUGCUGCUACCGUGGUGGCCAAGGGGGAUGUCCGGGGCUGA